AUGGAUUUCAUGGAUACUCGCAACCCUAAUCCCAAUUUUGCUGGUCACAACUUGGAGGACCACCCUGACCUGAAGCUGGCAGGCGGUGCCCAUCUCCAACGCAAUAAGACCGAACGUUUCCGUCUACAAGGUCUCCAAAGAACAAACACUAAUGGAAGUCUCAAGGCUCCAAUCGAGAAGGCCUCUUUGAACUUCAUUGAGAGGUGGAAAUUGUGGAUGAUCAAUGAGGGUGGUAACAGGAUGUUCUUCUUCAUAUUCAUACUCCUCCAUUUGCUUGUCGGUGCUCUUGGUUUCACCCACUACACCCUCAAGGAUAAUUUGAACAACUCCCGAAAAUCGCUUGGAGCCGGAUUCACUAUCGCUCGUGCCUCUGCAAUGUUGUGCCACGUCGAUGUCAUCUUCAUUCUUCUCCCAGUAUGCAGAAACUUCAUCUCUUUCAUGCGUCGUACCCCGAUUGGUACAGUCAUUCCUUUCGACAAGAAUAUUACUUUCCACAAGGCAGUGGGUUGGUCCAUCUGUAUCUGGUCUAUGGUCCACACGCUUGCCCAUAUUGUCAACGUCGUCAAUCUUGCUAUCCAGUCUGCCACCACCACCAAGCAGCGAGUGAUCAAUUUCUUGCUUAUUUGUGUAGAGGCAGGCCCGGCCAUCACUGGAUGGAUCAUGUGGGCAGCUCUUGGGACGAUGGCCUGGUACGCUCGUGAGGAGAAGCGAAGGGCCAAUUUCGAGAGGUUUUGGUACACGCAUCACCUUUUCAUCGUAUUCUUCAUCAACUGGCAGCUUCACGGAAUGUUCUGCAUGAUUAAGCCUGACAGACCUCCGUACUGUUCUUACAACACCAUUGGUGUUUUCUGGCGCUACUGGAUUGUUGGUGGUGUUAUAUGGGUCACUGAACGUAUACUUCGUGAAGUUCGCUCCCGUCACCGUACCUACAUAUCCAAGGUCAUCCAGCACCCCUCAAAUGUCAUGGAAUUACAGAUCAAGAAGGAAAAAACCACUACCAGAGCUGGACAGUACAUCUUCAUCAAUUGCCCUGAGAUUUCCUACUUCCAAUGGCAUCCUUUCACCCUCACGAGUGCUCCUGAGGAAGACUAUAUUUCCGUCCACAUUCGUGUAGUUGGCGAUUUCACUACUGCUCUUUCAAAAGCUGUUGGUUGUGAUUUUAAAUCGAAAGAAAAGACCGAGGCUGGUGGAAAAGUCAUCGGGACUGACACUAAUCCGCCAUUGAACGUUACCCUUCCUCGAGUUAUGGUUGACGGGCCGUUUGGUAGCGCUAGUGAGGACUUUUUGAACUACGAAGUCAUCCUCCUCGUCGGUGCUGGUAUUGGGGUUACACCAUUCGCAUCUAUCUUAAAAUCCAUUUGGUACCGCAUGAACAACUUUAAUCAUGGCAAACCCACUAGACUAUCCAAGGUCUACUUCACCUGGGUCAUUCGUGACUUUGGUAGUGCGGAAUGGUUUCACUCCCUCCUUCAUGCGAUUGAAGAGCAAGACGUUCAGAAUCGUAUAGAAAUCAAUAUUUACCUUACCGCCAAGAUCAAGGAUGAUGAUAUGAACAACAUCAUUGUCCAAGACGUCGGUGCGGAGAAGGACGCGAUCACUUCAUUGAGAGCGCCUACUCAUUUCGGACGACCGAACUGGGACAAGGUCUUCCCCAGCAUUGCGUCGAAGCACCCGGAUACAGAUGUUGGUGUGUUCUUCUGUGGACCCAAAGUCUUGUCUCAAGCUCUUCACCGAGCUUCUAACAAGUACUCCGACCCCAACGGCGCACGCUUCUUCUUCGGCAAGGAAAACUUCUAG